AUGAAGCCAACAAAUGACGACCCAGCUCCAGCUCCUUCAGCAGGAAACAAGCGUAAACGAAUCUCAAAAGCACUUCGACAAAAAAGUGUUCAACCAGGCCACGACUUGGAUUGGACUACUGUACCAACGCCAGACGCUUGGGAUUUCACGGACGGGGCUAAUGAAGGUGGCUUCUUUGGUCUGGAAGAGAUUGAUGGCGUCGAUGUCGAAUACAUCAAGAAUGAAACUGGAGGAACGACCAUACAUUUCAAGAAGGUUCCUCAGCCAGUUAAACCUAUAGCAGAGGAUCAAGACGAACCUGCUCACCAAAACAAGAAGAAAAAGGUCAAAUCCAAAAAGAAAAAGGCAAUACCCGCUAAACCACCAUCAGAUGCAUCAGAUCCUGUAGAAUAUAUGGACGCGAAUAGUUUACCGUGGUCUGAAGUUCACACUUCAGCUGACGUCUUUGCCAGUGCAGACGAUUCUGGCUUUUAUUGUCUAGAAGAACUUGAUGGCGUCAAUGUCGUCUAUGAGGAAGUGGAAGGUGGUGGUAAGGUUGUCAAGUUUAAGGCAACUCGACCUCUAUCUAAAGGGAAACCAGCUGCACCCGAAGAGCCAUUACCGAAUCCAGAGGACUUUAUGGCUGUAGAUGACUUUGAAGAACCAGAAGCUGAAAGUGCCAAGUCUAAUCUUGUCGCUGCAGAUGAUGCAGAUGAAGACGGUAGCGAGAAUUGGACUGAUGUUGACGAUGAUGAAGAACACGGCGAAACAUCUGAUGAAGAAGAUGCGCCAGGAGCUGAUAAUGAGCAAUCAGAUGUGGUAACGAAAAGAGUUGGAGCAUUAUCUGACGAAGGUACAGAUAUGUCAGCAUGGCUACCACUACAACUGUCUGCACCACUAUUACGUGGUCUGCAAGAACAGAAAUUCGGCACACCCACAGAGAUACAGUCUGCAGUGUUGCCUAUAGCAUUGCAAUCGGAACGUGACGUUAUUGGAGCUGCAGAAACGGGAUCUGGUAAAACACUAGCAUUCGGCCUCCCAAUCCUCCAAUCCAUAAUCACCUCAACACCAUCCAUCCUCACGAAACGAGACAAGAAUGCUACACUACAAGCAUUAAUAUUAACACCAACGCGUGAACUGGCUUUACAAGUAGCUGAACAUUUAAACAAUGUGGCGAAAGUGAAUACGCAUAUUCAUAUUAUUGCUUUGGUGGGUGGUAUGUCGACAUACAAACAAGAACGGUUGUUGAGGAGUCGACCUCAUAUUAUUGUUGCUACACCUGGUCGUUUGUGGGAGUUGUCUACCAAGGAUGAAGGAAUCUUGACACGACUACGCCAAAUCAAGUUCCUCGUAUUGGAUGAAGCAGAUCGAAUGUUGGAAGCUGGUCAUUUCCGUGACUUGGAGCAUAUCUUGAGAGCAUUGUCUUUCAAGCGAAAAAUUACCAAUGACGUUGACUACACCGAGACCAUGGAUGUUGGCAGCGAAGACGAUGAGGUCAGGCCGGCACCCCGACAAACAUUUGUGUUUUCUGCGACGUUGAUACAAGAUGCUAGACUUAAACGUAAACUGAAAAAGUCGAAUAAGGGGUCUUUUGAAGGACCUAGUAUGAAGGAACUACUGGGAAGAUUAGAAUUCCGUGAUCCAAACCCAGAAUAUGUAAAUUGCAUCAAGUCAGCCAUGGCCAAGAAGAUUACAGAGACGCGUAUAGAAUGUUUAUUGACUGACAAGGACGCCUACUUAUACUACCUACUAAUCCGAUACCCCGGCCGAACCCUCGUCUUCGUAAACUCGAUCGACGCCAUCCGUCGUCUCGUCCCCAUAUUCACUCUCUUGAACAUACCCGCCAUGGGCUUCCACGCCGAAAUGCAACAACGCCAACGUCUCAAGAACCUAGAUAAAUUCAUUUCGAAUCCUAAAACAGUGCUUUUUGCAUCAGAUGCCGCUGCUCGUGGACUUGAUAUCCCACAUGUGGAGCAUGUAGUUCAUUAUCAGCUGCCUAGAACUGCUGAAUUGUAUGUGCAUCGCAGUGGAAGAACGGCACGUGGAGAUGUUAAAGAUGGUAUUUCGGUGGUGCUGUGUAGUCCUGAUGAAGUUGGGGUUUAUAAGAGGAUUUGUCAUCUGUUAGGAAAAGACGACAUGGACCUGUUUCCAGUUGAUCGUACUCUCAUGCGAGGCAUUGAGAAGAGGCUGCUGCUAGUGAAGCAGAUCAAUGAUGAGGAGCAUAAACUUGACAAGAGCGAACAUGAAAAGAAAUGGCUCAAGAAAACUGCUGAAGAUGCAGGCAUUGAUCUUGAAGGUGGAAGCACAUCUAAUCAUCCACCAUUAUUACGAAGCUCUGAAUCAGAUACUGAAAGCAAAGCAGUUUCCAAGAAAGGUCUAGCUCGCAAAAGGGCUGGAUUACGAUCACUGCGACAGGAACUGAAUGUCUUGUUGGCACAGCCGAUACUUCCAAAAGGUGUAUCGGGUCGUUAUUUGACAAGUGGAGUUGUGGAAGGGUUGCCUGAAGUUUUGAUGCAGAAUGAAGGUACAAGCACAUUGCUACCGACGAUUGUCGCAUCACGGGCUGUAGAUGAUGCAAAGAAGAAACAUGCUAAUAAGCAACGGAAACGAUAG